AUGAAUGAAGAGUUGAGUUUGCGAUUGAGAUUUUAUGCAGAUCAGGAGACUGCGAUUUUAGAUACGCAGGAGGAGAUGAGGGGAAGAGUGGAGGAGUUGGUGGCGGAGGUGAAAGUAGCAGAAGUGAAGUAUGAGGCGGAAGUUAAGGAACAUGAGGUUUCGAAGAGGACGAUUCAGAAUUUAUUGGGGAAGGUGGAACGGGCUGAUUUGAAAUAUGAGAGGGAAGUUCGGCAACAUGAGGUUUCGAAAAGGACGAUUCGGAAUUUAUUGGAGAAGGUAGAGUUUUGUGAUUUGAGAUAUGAGAGGGAGAUUCAGCAACAUGAAGUUGCGAAAAGGACGAUUCGGGAAUUACUUGAAACACUCUCUGAAGAAAUCAAUAACUUGAAGGAGGAAAAUACAAGAAUGAAAGACCAACGAGCAUCGAUACAAUCAUUAUGGCAAAAGAGAAGUGCGAAUCACAACCAAGCGAUAAACACAUUGAAUGCGGUUGUGAAAACAUUCGUAGCAACGCAGGGGAAAUUGUCGGAUAAAUGGGUUGCAUCUGAUGCAGCUAUGGAUUUGAAGUUUAAGGAAUAUCUUCUUGAUUCUGCUUCUGGGGUUCAAGAAGGAGUUACGAAUGGUGCUAUUCUUGGUUCAGAUUCAAGUGAUGGAAUGGUCGAAACACCGCCGGCGAAAAAGAGAAAGUUUCAAGCUUCGGUUGAGGAUUGUGAAGAUUGA